AUGCAGGAAAGAGAUAUUUUGAGUUUCUUGGAAAUGAAUGAUUUUCAAAUAUCAAAGCCCUAUAUGGUGUGUAAAUAUUGGUACACCUUGAUGAAUUCGGAAGAAUUUGCUGUCAUGUAUUUGGGAAACCAGUGGUCCUUGACAAGCAAUCAGAAACAAGUGCUGAAGAAGGCCGACCGAUUUUACCAAAAAUUGAGAUCAAAUUAUAGACAUUAUCUAACACAAAUUCAAAGUUACCUCAACGAGCACGAUGAUUGUUAUUGCAUGUCGGAGUCGUCGAAAAGAAUUGAUUCAUUCUUUAUUUUGGACAGAUUUGGAAAUGAAUUGUUUUAUAGAAAUUUCGAUAUGGCUCCUCUGGGAGCUUGGGAAAGGUACAAAUUCAUAAAAGAGAAUACAGUUUCGAGCUUUGUCGAGAGCGUGAUUCAAGCACAAGAUAUGUAUCAUAUUAGACCAAUAUUCCACACAAAAGGAAAAUCAUUCGCUUUUAUUUCAAAACAGGAUUUAUAUUUCGUUGUGGUUUCCAACAGCAUACGUAAUAAUGCCAUGGAAAUGAUUUGUCUUCUGUACAAGAUACAUGAUCUCUUGUGCGAAAUUUUGGGUCGACCCAAAAUUGGAAUUGAUAAUAUCAGAAUUAACCAUACACUGAUAUGGCUGUUGGUAGAUGAAGUAUUGUGUUUGGGAAUGACACAAAAUUCAACAGCAAAUGAGUUAAAAGAAAUUUUGAAAGCGUCGUGGCCUGAAAAAGCUCUUCUUCCUGAAAUCAUACCGACAUACUCGAACGCUCCUUCUGUGCAUUUUAACGCAACUCCUAUUGAAUACAGAAGAAAUGAAAUAUUUUGGGAUUGGUUCGAGAAAUCGAGAAUGACAGUAACGAGUAAUGGCCAAAUUUCUGCACAUCAAGUGAGCGGUAAAAUUGAUGUUACAUGUUAUAUUUCUGGAUUAUAUCCAGAAUUAAUACUAAUGUUGAACAGAAGAUUUCAAGAUUAUUGGGCAUUGGACGGAUCUGUAAAGCUAUUCAAAGAUGUAAAGCUGAAUGAAGAGAAAACGAUUUCAUUCAUUCCUCCUGAUGGACAUUUUGAGCUGUUGAGGUAUAUGUUCGAGAGAGUAACUACCGCUAAAGCUCCACAUUUUUCACUCAGACUCUCAUUACAAAAUAUAUCGACCCAAGGCUUAACCACGACAGCAGCAGAGGUACAAAUUAGCUUACAACAGAAUUUUGACGUCCCGAUUUACUAUUGA